GGCUACUUCUCUUUUUUUUUUUUUUAAUCACCGACCAGCUUCCUCCAUUUUUACAUUUCUUUUAACUUUUAGACUUCCAAAAAAUCCCUAAAAAUGAGGGCUUUUUGAAAAUCAAAAGUCAAAACCUCUUUUACAUCUUCUUCUUCUUCUUCCUCCAAUCACUGCCGGCUUUUUUCCCCUUUGCUUUUCUUCACCCAAAUCUGCUCCAUUCAUGGCCAACGACCCACAAGAACAGCCUUCACACACCGAAUCUACUGUUGCCAUGGCUGGAACCAAGUCUUUUCAUCCUAAGAAGCCGCCUCUUGCAGAUCUAGUGAGCCUCUUCCAAACCAAAGACCUCCAAAAUGAAAUCAAACAAAUUCUUCAACACCAUAAAACAAGCCAUUCAGAUCAAAUAUUUGUUCCCCACAUGAACUCUCAAAUUUUUGGGUCCAUAUUUCAUUUCUCCUCCACCCCUUUCACUCAAAUUCCUUUACCCACAACUGAAACAACAUCUCCUCCCUUUCCAAGUGAAACCGAAUUGGAACAACAGGGUUGGGCAUUUUGGGACUUGGCCGGCUUGGGGGAGAUCAGAAUGGAUUGAUUGGGUGAAUCGUCUUGAACCCGCCUUCGGCCAGAUCUAGAGGGAUGUGGGUCUGUUUGAAUUUAUACAAUUAACCACGUGCAGAUUUACCAUGGAUAAGCCGGUCUUGGGUUCGGCUUUGUUGUUUUGGUCUGGCUCUUUUAAUUGCUUUC